CCGCUACCAGUGAUCCUCACCAUCCCACCCAGUGGAGCCUUCCUCGGCGGGCAUUGGCUCAACGCACGCUGGACACCUCUGACUCGGGACUUGGGGCAACCUACCUCCCCCUCGAGACUAGCGCUGGGCAUUGAUUGAUUGAUCUGCUGUGAGGGUUACCGCAACCCUCGAGUCUGCCCUACACCAUGCCCGCGAUUCGAAGACGACAAGCAGCACACAUUGCCAACACUCGAGGACGAUGUGCUUCUGCACCGCCUGCUACGACCUUGCCAGAGGAACUCAGUCCCCUAUCAAUGGCUCCUCUGCCCCUCUCCAACACGCCCACACUCCAUGAAGGUCUCCAUGCCGCAGAACUACACCCACACAAGGUCAUUAGAAGUCAGAAGCUCAUUCAUCCCAAGGGACCGCCCCACGCCCCAUCGACGACGACGUUGGCAAGUCCUGUUCAGAUGAACCCUAGCCACCAAGUCCACGUUGUAGAAACGCGCACCAAGGCACAGCUCGAGCGCGACGGGGAUUUUACCACUCCCUCUCCUCCACCCGAACCUCGAGAGUUCCGCUCUGAACAUUGGCACUUUAUCAGACUACGAACCAAGAGACCCGACGGCCGCAAAGAUGUCCCUCAUUCCUCGGACAAGAAGCCGGCCACAGCCAUCGUCUAUCUCCAAGCACAGCCAGGGCCCCACAAGGCCUGCAUCGGCUCCGGCUCUUCCAUCUCACUCAUCGAAGCUGGGCACCUGAAGAAGCACAUUCCCAAUGCUACUAUUCAGCGGGUCAAUCAUGCUGGGUUUCCCGUAAAGGGCAUGGGUGAAAGCUCUCAGAUCAUCAACCAGUACGUCAUCCUGGAUGUUGGCUUCGUCUGUGGCCAGACAGCCAUCAUAAUAGAUGUCAGAUUCUAUCUCAUAUCAGGCGGACCUCAGAAAGUCCUCAUUGGCAAUGACGUCCUCCAGGACCACCAUGCGCUCAUCGACUACAAGUACAGUUGCCUCAGCUUUCAACGAUCACCCGAGUACAAGUUUCCCCUUGAGAUCUAUCAACAACUUCCGCCAGCUUUAUCUACUAGGCAAUCGUGACAACGUCAGAGGAAUGUACUCUCCGACGAUACAGUAUCGCCAAUGUGCCGAGCACGACAGACAAGAGAGAGAGAGACUAGCACGGGGAGCCUUCCCUUGACAUUGCAUUCGAAGACGGAAAGGCAUCUGGCGGAACGGCUCGCACAUCGGUAGAUGAAGUAAAUUCAGACGGAGAGAUCGGCCACUGGGUCGGCAGAGACCGAGGUCUUGGGCGGUGUACUCAGUCUUGGGCAAUAUACUCAGGUCUCGAGCAAUGUUUCCAGGGAAGUUAUCAGCCCUACUGGGUUCAACACAGGCACUGCUGC